UUCAAGAUGGCGUCUGCGAAUCCACUUCUGACUUUAGAGCGAAUGUUAAACGGAAAAACCACACUAAAAACACAGAAAACAACCCACAAUAAUAUCAUAUGUAUUGGCACAGAACUACUUAAUGAAUUGAGAAAAGUAAUGGAAGAGGACAAAGACAAAGCCAUCAAAGAAGCUUUGGCAGAAGCAGAGGCCAGAGCUCUUGCUGAAAGGAUGCAAGCACUAGAAGAACUUAGAGAGAAAAUGAAUGAUGAGAGGGAACAAGCCCUAGAGGAAGCAAGGAUGAAAGCAGAAGAACAAAUGGCUGAAAUCAAGUAUCGUUGUGAGGUGGCGGAGAAGAAGCGAGCUCGUCUCGCCUGGGAGAAAUACAUGAAAGAGAAGGCCGAUGCUCUAGCUGACGCGGCGAGGAAAGCUGAAGAAGAGAAACAAGAUGCUCUGAAGGAACUGACUGAAUCACUCACGAGGAAGCUGAGAAAUGAAGCUGCUUUAGAAAGAGAAAAAGCGGUUGGAGAAGCGCUUUCUAUAGCGAGAAAAAAAUUCGAGAGAAAACUAAAGGAAACGAUAGACAAAACAACAGCUGAAUGUAACGCAAUGGCCGAAGCAGAAGCAAAACGCGUGGCCAGAAUACACAAGAACCAAGUGGAAGGUCUCAACCAGAGGAUAAACCAAUUAAAUGAAAUACUUGAUACCGAGAGAGACUCCGCCAAGAAGCUACACGAAACACAUAUUGCCUUGAAAGAAGAUUACAAAAGGUUUCAAAACAUAACAAGAGGAUAUCAUUCUGACUUCCUGCUGAGAUGACACAAGUACAGCUCUCUUCUUGUCGGUGUGGAACGAACAGCUGAUCUUGCCAGAUUCCAAUUCAAAAAUCAAAAGGGACUAAAAUAAUUUAAAGUAAUAUCAAAUAGAUAUUUUGGUGUAAACACAACGCUCGUUUCACGGCUAUGGCAUAUUUUUCAAAGCAGUUUAUAACAUGUCUGUUGCAAUGGGCCUGACACAAGCGCUCUUUUAUGAUGUCGUCAGAAGAGAAGGAUAUUCUAGGAGUGCAUCAGCAUGGUGCUGACUCGUAGCCUCCACAGUGUUGGAAGAGACGGGCUUCGUUUCAUGUAGUGAUUGGAGCAAUGUGGAGUAAACAUGAUGUCAUGUCAGUGUGUGAGUAUGAUGGUGGCAGGACGUCUGUCACGACGAAAACAGUAUCUUUCAAACAAAAAUAAUGUUUUUGGCCACAGAUUUGUUUGUGCAUAAUCAUGAUUAUACAGUAAUCACAAGAUAACGUGUUCAAAACACGAUAUUUAUGUUUGUGUCUGUCAAACACCGAAAGCUUAAAGUCCUUUUGAUGGUGUUUGUGUUUAGAAUUACGCUUCAUUAUAGAUUACUCUAUCCAUAAUAAAGACUAAGGCGGUCGGUACUUGCCUAUAACGAUA